AUGUCAUCAUCAAUAAUUGAUAAAAGAGAAACAAAAAAAAUUAAAAUUGAUAAUAAAGAUUUAAAGUUUAGUUCAGAUAAUAUUUUCUAUGAAAAGAUUUGGAAGAACAUAGUAAUAAAGAAUAAAAUAUUAUCAUUUUUAGAAAUAAAGACAUCUAGAUUAUUGGCAAAAUAUAAAAGUAAUAAAAUUAAACUCGUUAAUAAUAAUUUAGAAUUGGAUCAUUCGCUAUCAAAGACAUUAUAUGGAGAAAAGAAAUAUUUCAAAUAUGAUGAAAUGAUUAGUGUUGAAAAGAUGUUAAAAUAUGGCAACAAAGAAUUAUUUAGGUAUAAAGUAUCUAGAAAUGAAAAGGAAUCAAUGGUUUUCUCUGAAAAUGAUUCAUAUCGUAUCUUUCAAAAAUUUAAAGACCAAUUUAAAGAUUAUCAAUUCUUUCAAGAUCUAUUUAAUAACUAUUCAAAUUAUUUCAAACCGAAUCAACUUUUCGAUAUAGUAAUAAUAUGUGAUAAUAUAAUUGCUUUCAAAAUUAUAAUAAAUAAAUUAAAUACCAUCAUUUCACCCGAAUUAUUAAAAUAUUCUAUAAAAUGUGGUGCAAUUGAUAUAGUCAAAUAUCUUUUAAAUAUAAUACAAUCAAAUAAUAAUAAUAAUUUAAAAAUUGAAUCAUUUAAAUUAAAUGAAAUAGAAAUUAUUAAAAUUUUAGAUGAAACGAUUAAACCUAAAUUUAGAGAAAGAUUAAAUAGGUUUUAUGAUAGUGAUGAAAGGUAUAAUUUUUCAAACGAUGAUACUUUAAAUGAUUUUGGAUUUAAAUCAAAUUCAAGGGACGAAUUCAAUGUAUUAUAUGAUGUUUAUAAAAAUAAAAGAGUUUUUCUCUGUUUAUUGAAUAUAGGAGUUACAAUACCAACUAAAACUAGCAAAACCAUUGAAUGUUUAUAUAGUUUACAUUCAUUUGAAAUUGAUGGUUGUUUUUCAAUUCUUCAACUGACAUUAGAGUUUCUAUUGGAAUUAUGUGAAACCAUUUACUAUUUAUCAGCAUUGGUAGUUAAAGGUAAUGAUGGUAUUGAAUGCUCCAAUAAAAUUCAACAAUUAUUACCAUUUGAAAAGUUUCAAACAUCAAUAAAGAAUUCAUUCAAUCAACAAGAAUUAAAAUUAACAUUAAAACAACUGUAUAGUAAAUCAGAAAAAGUACAAGUAGAAAUAAUUCAACUUUUAAUUAAAUCACUUUCAAUGGUUUCUUAUAUUGAUCGUAAAGAUUAUGAAUUUAAUGAUCUUGAAAAUGAUAUUCUCAUUGAUAAAGAUGAAAGAAUUCUAAUAGAACUAGUUAAUAAUAAUAAUAAUUCACAAAAUGAUGAUUGUCAACAUUUAUUUAAAUCUUUGAAAUCAACAAAACAUUUUGAUAUUCUUUAUUCAAAUGAUUACUAUAAAUCAAAAUUUCAAAUUCAAUUUUUAUUAAAUUCAUUUUACGAUCUAAGCAUUGAUAGUUAUUUAUAUAAUCAUCAUGAUAUCUAUGAAAAACAUUUAAUGCUAAUUUUAUAUCAUUUCAAAAUAAAAUAUCCAAAUGAUUAUUAUAAUCAAAUUAGUAAAUUAGAUUUCUUAAAAAAUAAAAAACUACUUUCAAAUGAUUUCAUUUGUAAAAAUUAUCAAGAUUUUAAAGAGAAUAUUUUAAAAUGUAAUCAAAAUAAUAAUAAUAAUAAUAAUGGCGAAGGAUAUUGGUCAACUUAUUUUAAAGAACUUGAAUUUUUAAAUAGUCCAUACCAUGAAAUUACCUUAUCAACUCAUUUGAGUUUAAAUCAAUUUAUUUCAAUUUUAGAAUUAACUCCAGCUCAACAACAGUAUAGUUGUUUAUCAAAUCCAGAGAUUUUAGCAUGGAUUUUUGAAAAUAGAGAUUAUGAUUUAAAAUCUGGUAGAUGUAUUCAACCACUGAAUAAAACAUUAUUCAGUUAUUUAUUCCAUUCAAAUCAAUUAUCAAAAGCAUUGAAUGAUAUCGAUUAUUUUAAUAAUCCAGGUGAACGUGAUCAUCGAAAUUAUCAAGAUCUUUAUGAUCCUGAUCAUCAUUUAUUUGAAAGAAUAAGUGAAGAUGAUGAGAAUUUUGCUUUGAGAGAACUUUUAUAUAAAUUAAAAUUAAAAAAAUUAGAAAAUCAAGGUGUUGAUAGAUACAAUACACUUUUCAAAAUAUCUUUAUUGAAUGAAAGUGCAGUAGAUAAAAUUGUUAAAUUUAAUUAUUUAGACGAUUUAGAAAUAGUUUAUAAUUUUAUAAAUAAAAUCACUAAUAAUAAUAAUAAUAAUAAUAAUAAUAAUAAUAAUAAUAAUAAUAAACAAAUAAAUAAAUAUUUAUUAGGAUUAAAAAAAACAUUGAUUUUUAGCAUUGGAAAUUAUAAUAGAGUUUCUUGUUUAAAAUUAUUAUGGAUUUUGGAUAAAGAUAAUCAAUCUUUCUUUUCCAAUGGUAAUAAAUUAUUAAGAUAUAUAUACACUCAAAAAUUUAAUUCUUGUGAAGUUCUCUCUGAAGUUUCUGACAUUUUAAAAAAUGACUUGGAUUUUUCUAAAAAAAAAACAAAAAAACAAAAUAAUCAUGAAAAUGGGUGUGAGGAAGAAAGUAGUGAUAUAGAUGAAGAAGAUGAGGACGGUAGUAAUAUUGAUGAAGAUGGCAGCGAUAUAGAUGAAGACGAGCAUGUAAAUGAAUAUGCUGAAAGUGGAAAUUAA